CAUAAGAAACACCAUGUGUAAUAUGAUCGCAAUUGCAAGAGCUACAGAAGAUGCCAGAUAUCCCACCAAACCAGAGGUCAAUGCCAUGGCAAAGCGGUUGGUGGAGUAUUAUCCGAUGGUACAACACUGGGAGUAUGUUGCCAAAAAGCUCAUGAAGAGGCUUUCAAAUGUAAAAAGCCCAAAGAAGGCUGUUCCUCCUGCAAAGAAACAACGGCAGGAAAUCGAGGAAAUGACAACGAGUGACUACGACGGGGAUUCGAGUGCUUCUACGGUCAUUCUUCAGCAGUCCCCAGUCAGAGCCAGCACCCCAGUUCAACACCUGAAUAACAGUGGUUCGGGCGACGUCCUAGACAGCCAGAAAACCCAGGCAAGGCACUACACGACACUGCAACAGAUGUGCCGGUCCAACAAGCCAAACAAAGCUUCAGUAACCCAUUUGCUGAACUUGGAGUUUGAGUCAAGAAGACUCUUCAUAACCUCUGACACUCUAAAGGAGCAAGACCGACCCAGCAAGAUUCUGGAGGCCUAUUCUUGUUUCAAAGACUUGGAUCAUGUCUUAGAUGAGUUGCAAAGGAUAAUACAGCCAAACAAUGCCCACUACGUCUCAGAAAUGAGGAAUAGAUGGAACGACUUUUUUUCAAAGGUCCAAUUUUAUGGGGUGAUGAAAAAAGUGAUGAAGCCCCCUAAAACAUUGGAUGGAGUGGAACAUGCCACUGCUGUUUUCAGAGCCCUGCCACUGCUCUUUCCAUCCAGCACUUUGCCACCGAAGAAGCUAGGCGCAUGCAGCGAGGCGGUUUUCCAUGUCCUUACGGCUUCAGAGAACCCAGACACGUACUUGAGCAAGCGGCCCGUGGCUUGUCCAGUUAUGCUCGUCUGUGGGGAUAACUGCAUGAUUGCAAUUGGAAACACACCAGUGACCACCUUUGACAGGAAGAAGUUUGAUGAAGGCCUCCUUUACCUUUUGGGGUAUUAUUAUUGUCUGCACCUCACUUAUCCAAAGUUCAUUUCCACCAUGCUCUCAGUAUUGCAAACUGAGGUUCUCCAGGACUCCCUGCAUGACCAAGAUUCAACUGCUUCCUACAAAAAAGCCAUUGCCGAGUGGAGGGCCUUCAUUGAGUGAUUGACUAUCUCCAACAUUUCUUUUCAGUUUGAGAGUCAGACUCGUUAGCCGCGUUUGUUGAUGUCAUUGGACGUCCUUUAAUGAGUAAGUGCAUUACUCUGAGAAAAUUGUUUCUGUUCGAGGAAAAAUAUGUUGCUGUCAGUAUUCCAGCUGAAACGUUUUAUUUUUAUUCUAACUGUUCUGAGGCUGGAAUACCUGCAUAUUUUCAAAGUACUUGGUAUUGGUGUGAUGGUCCUGGACUCAGUGAGGGGAUUGAUGGAUGCAACACUUGAGUGAGAAAGAACUGCAUUAAAGAAGUAAAUGCUAAAACAAGAUGCUUCUGUUGACUUAAUUUGAGACUAUCGAACUUGGUUUCAUUGUGCUGUUUUAAUAUAUUGUCAUAAACUUUUUUUUGGCAAGUUAUUAACCUUACUUCAAGGUAUUAUUUCUUAAAGUCAGCUAAAAUAAAUUAACAAAAGGCUUAUUUUAAGAUUUUUGCUAAUCUUAUUUGAAGAUAUACAUUCUAAUGGUCAGCUAAUUUAGAGCCUAAAUUCCUCAUUUUGAGUUACUCUGUCUCAAAUAAAUUGCUUGUAUUAAGCUGAGUGCUUAAAUUCUAGACACAUUAAGAUUUUUCAGUGGCUAGACUUUUUUUCUAGUUUUAAGAAUUCUAACAUAGUCAAAUUGUCUAACCCCAUUGGCAGAUU